AUGCAACCGGCACCACCACCUCCAAGUGCUUUGGGGAAAUAUCGUCUUUUAUCGCCAACUGCGGCUGUUCGUGUCUCGCCACUCUGCUUGGGGGCAAUGUCCAUUGGUGACGCAUGGGAACGGAUGGGGACGCAAUCAAAAGAGAAUUCAUUCAAAAUUCUCGAUUCAUUCUACGAUAUGGGUGGAAACUUUGUCGAUACUGCCAAUAUGUAUCAAAAUGAACAAAGUGAAAUUUGGUUGGGAGAAUGGAUGGCCAAACGGCAGAAUCGCAGUCAAAUGGCAGGUAAAGUACUUUAUCUAGGUGCAAGUGAUACACCUUCUUGGGUGGUGGCGAAAGCGAAUCAAUAUGCAAGAGAUCAUGGACUACGUCAAUUUUCGGUCUAUCAAGGUCGGUACAAUGCUGCACAGCGGGAUGCAGAAAGAGACAUUAUGCCAAUGCUUCGAGACGAAGGAAUGGCUUUCGCACCUUUUGCAGCAUUAGGUGGAGGAAGGUUCAAAACAAAAGAACAAGUAGAAGCAAUGGAGAAGGCGGGUGAUAAAGGAAGAGCUUUUAACGAAUUUAUAAAAGCUUUUGAAGGCUCGGAAGGUGUUAUUCGUAAUCAGCUCGUUAAGUUGAAUUUGAAUAUGUAUAAUAAUGCCAAAAACAAAUUCCACCGAAAUUUUGCAUUACCUGAACCUUAG